CCUUCCCUGCUCGCUCCGAUCGCCGCUCUCCCCGUGAGGCCGUGAGCCCCGGCUGAUGCGGCGGGCGGCGCUCCAAGGCACGAGCUGACGGGUCCCGGGAUCUUGCCGCGAGCGGCAGCGGCGCUCCGGUCCACCCAGGACUUUGUGGAUACGUCAAGUGCUUGACCGGACCAUAUUAAGUCCUGCUCAUAAGGAUGGGAGUUUACCUCAGUACUCCAAAAACUGAUAAGCUAUCUGAAAACGGAGAAAAUGAUAGACUUAAAUUUGGUCUUUCAUCUAUGCAAGGAUGGCGAGCAAGCAUGGAAGAUGCUCACUCGGCAUUGCUAGAUCUUGAUAGCGAGACAGCAUUCUUUGGUGUUUUUGAUGGUCAUGGAGGGAGAGUGGUUGCCAAAUUCUGUGCGAAAUAUCUUCACAGUCAAGUUCUCAAAAGUGAAGCCUAUUCAACUGGUGACCUAGGCAGUGCCGUGCAUAGAGCUUUCUUCAGAAUGGAUGAAAUGAUGCGAGGACAGAGAGGUUGGCGAGAACUAUCCGCACUUGGAGAUAAGAUAAACAAGUUUAGUGGCAUGAUAGAAGGGUUGAUUUGGUCCCCAAGAGGCAGUGAUUCGAAUAAUCAACAAGAUGAUUGGGCUUCUGAGGAGGGACCUCACUCUGAUUUUGCUGGGCCAACAUGUGGGUGUACAGCAUGUAUAGCACUAAUAAGAAAUAACCAACUUAUUGUGGCGAAUGCUGGUGAUUCACGGUGUGUUAUUUCAAGGGCUGGGCAGGCAUACAAUCUUUCACGGGACCACAAACCUGAGCUUGCAGCUGAGAGAGAAAGAAUUAUGAAGGCAGGGGGUUUCAUCCAUAUGGGACGAGUAAAUGGGAGUUUAAAUUUGUCAAGAGCAAUUGGUGAUGUGGAAUUUAAACAGAACAAAUUUCUGCCUCCUGAGAAGCAAAUUGUGACAGCAAAUCCUGACAUUAACGUUGUGGAGCUCUGCGAUGAAGACGACUUUGUUGUUGUCGCAUGUGAUGGCAUUUGGGAUUGCAUGUCAAGCCAACAGCUGGUAAAUUUCAUCCACGAGCAUUUAAACAAGGAGAGCAGCCUAUCUGCUGUGUGUGAAAAAGUACUUGACAGAUGCCUGGCUCCAUCAACAAUCACCGGAGAGGGGUGCGAUAACAUGACCAUGAUCCUGGUGCAGUUCAAAAAACCAGUUAAUCGGAACAAAAAGACCGAGGUGGCUAAGCAAUCUACCAGCAGUGCAGAUGAAACUGAGAUUCAUGUUGCUGAGGAGUAAAUCGAGCUUGACACUUGCAAGGGCGCAACCAUCUGGAUUGAGAAGAGCAGGAAAGGCGAAGAAAUGUGUAGUGUACAUAUCCCAACUAUGUGUGGCACACGUGCACUUCCUGCCUGAAAAGACCUCAGAUAAUGGCGUUGGUUGUUGCGAUGGUGGAUCUCCAGGGCAUGCCCUUACGCCAUCCUCCCUUCGUCGUCGAGCAGGUUGCAGUUUUCGGUCAUUGCCCCGGCUCCAAACUGCAGCAAAGUCGGUGUAUUCUGUGGUGUAACAUCCCAAGUGUGCUGUAAACAAGUUUGGUUCCGUGCUUGCCUCGCUAGGUUGCGCUUUCUUUCUGAAUGAUAUGGUCGAAUCUGAAUCCGAAUCGGGAUCCUGGGCUGUGUGUUGUUUGCUGGAUGGAACCUGACGGUUAGGAUGAAUCCUGACCAGGUGCAUUUCGGUUACAGUCAGUGCCGACUGUGAAGUCAGUGUGCUGAUGUGGUGAUGCUGGGAUUUUUUCUAUGAGGAUUCAAUUGUUUGCAUUA